CCGAUCCGCCUCCCGCUACCGCCCCGUCGCUCACCCGUUCCCGGCCUCUCGGCGGCAAUUCCUGCUGCGCCACAGCCAUGGCGGCGCUGACGGUGAAAGCCUACCUGCUGGGCAAGGAGGAGGCGGCCCGCGAGAUCCGCCGCUUUGCACUGCCGCUGCCCGUCCGCUACCAGGCCAUCCAUGACCGCAUCGCCGAGCUCUUCCAGGGGCUGCUGCGGGCCGGGCCGCCGCCCGCCUUCCGCAUGCACUAUAAGGAUGAAGACGGGGACCUGAUCGCGUUUUCUACCGACGAGGAGCUGGAGAUGGCGAUGCCUUACAUGCAGGAUGGCGUCUUCCGUGUUUACAUCAAAGAGAAAAAGGAGUGCAGGCGGGAGCAUCGCUCGCAGUGCAGCCAGGAGCCCCCCCGUGACAUGGUGCACCCCAACGUGAUCUGCGAUGGCUGCGAGGGGCCGGUUGUGGGUGCCAGGUUCAAGUGCGCUGUCUGCCCAGACUAUGACCUGUGCAGCACCUGCGAGGGUAAAGGCAUCCACAAGGAGCACAACAUGGUGAUGUUCCAAAGUCCACUGCUGAAUCCAUUUGAGUGGCUUCCCCGAGGACGCUGGCUCCGUAAAAUGCGGCAUGGUGUGCCCCCCUUCCCAUGGAUGCACUGCUGGGGGUAUCCUGGCCCUGCUGCUCCAUGCCAGAACUCUGAACAAGCCCAGGCCAGCACUGCAGCCUCCAGUCCACCCACUGGGGAAGAAGCUUCUACUAACAGCCAGCCUCAGGACCCCAAUGUCACCUUCUUAAAGAAUGUUGGGGAGAGUGUGGCAGCUUUUCUGAGCCCCCUGGGUAUUGAAGUUGAUAUUGAUGUGGAACAUGGAGGACAGAGAAGCAAAGUGACUCCUGCUGCUCCCAAUCAAGAGAAGAGCAAUGCUGAGGCAAGCAGUGGUACUUCUAACCAGAAUGUUCAGACCAAACCAGACUGGAAUAACACAGAGCCUGCUGCAGAAGUAAAUACUGUUGCAGAGCAGAUACAAGACAUGGUGAUAGAUCCUGUGCCCACACAAACGGAGGAUGGCAGCUUCCAGUCCCAGGAACAGAGUGAGUCCAGCAGUUCAUCAGGGGGUGAUGAAGACUGGACCCAUUUAUCUUCCAAAGAAGUAGAUCCUUCCACAGGUGAACUUCAGUCCCUGCAAAUGCCAGAGACUGGUCCCAGCUCCCUGGAUGUAUCUCGGGAUCCUCCCCAGCCAGGACCUACAGGACUGCGAGAAGCUGCACUCUACCCACAUCUCCCACCAGAAGCAGACCCUCGCCUUAUUGAGUCUCUGUCCCAGAUGCUCUCCAUGGGAUUCUCUGAUGAGGGUGGAUGGCUCACUCGACUCCUGCAGACAAAGAACUGCGACAUUGGGGCAGCACUAGAUGCUAUCCAGUAUUCCAAGCAGCCACCUCACUUGUAGUAAUCUGUGUAACACAAAGCACUUUCCUUCUAACUGAAAGCAGACAACACAGUACAACUCAUUCAGUGGUUCAUCUUUCUUCCUGCUAAGAGUUUGUCUCAUGUUUCUAAGUGCUUGUAGAAUGGAGGAAAAAUAAAUACUACUUCCUGUGA